ACGGACGCCUGUGACGCCAUCGUCCCGCGCCGCGCGCCGCCCCGACCGAAAGCCCCGGCCGGCCCAGUGCGCCUGCGCGGCCGGAAGCGCCCCGGUCUCCCAGCGACACGGCGCCCGCCUGCUCUAGCGGCUCCUCUCCCGCACGCGUGAGGGGCUGGCGGCGAUGCCCUGGCUGCUCUCGGCCCCCCGGCUCGGGUCCGCCACCAGGAGCGCCCGCGGCCUCGCAGGAUGCACACCCAGUUUACAGAGGAGGUUCUCCCUCCAGCCCGUUGCAGAGAGGAAGAUUCCCAGCCGCUAUCUAGGCCAGCCCAGCCCCUUUACACACCCGCACCUUCUCAGACCAGGCGAGGUGACUCCAGGACUGUCCCAGGUGGAAUAUGCUCUCCGCAGAUACAAACUGAUGGCUUUGAUCCAGAAGGAAGCCCGAGGCCUAGGUGGCACAGACCAAGCCGUGGUCAUGCUCUCCAACCCCACGUUCUACAUGAGCAAUGACAUCCCCUACACCUUCCACCAAGACAAUAACUUCCUGUACCUCUGUGGAUUCCAGGAGCCCGACAGCAUUCUGGUCCUGCAGAGCCUCCCGGGCAAGGAGCUCCCUGCUCACAAAGCCACGCUCUUUGUUCCCCAGAGGGAUCCGAGCCGGGAGCUCUGGGACGGGCCACGGUCAGGAGCUGAUGGAGCCGUGGCUCUCACUGGUGUGGACGAAGCUUUCCCUCUGGAGGACUUCAAGCAUCUGGUCCCCAAACUGAAAGCGGAGACAAGCACAGUCUGGUAUGACUGGACCAAGCCCUGUCACGCACACUUGCAUUCUGACUACAUGAGCCCUGUGACCGAGACCAAAGCCAGAAGCAGGAACAGAGUGCGAGCCGUCCGGCACCUGGUACAGCGCCUCCGGCUCAUCAAAUCCCCUGCUGAGAUAGCGCUCCUGCAGGGUGCUGGCCAGCUGACGUCACAGGCUUUUGUUGAGACCAUGUUUGCUAGCAAAGCCCCAGUGGAUGAAGCAUUUCUUUAUGCAAAGUUUGAAUUUGCCUGCCGGUCUCGGGGUGCAGACAUCUUGGCCUACCCGCCUGUGGUAGCUGGGGGUAACCGGUCUAAUACUUUGCACUAUGUAAAGAACAACCAGAUUAUUAAGGAUGGGGAGAUGGUGCUGCUAGAUGGAGGCUGUGAGUCUUCAGGCUACGUGAGUGACAUCACCCGAACCUGGCCUGUCAAUGGGAGGUUCUCUGCGGCCCAGGCAGAGCUCUACGAAGCUGUGCUGGACACCCAGAAGGCCUGCCUGGCCCUCUGCCGCCCUGGGACGAGCCUGGAGAACAUCUACAACCACAUGCUGGCUCUGAUAGGGCAGAAGCUGCAGGAACUUGGGCUGGUGACCGGCCUCAGGGCCGAUGGCAUCAUGAAGGCAGCUCGGAAAUACUGCCCCCACCACGUCGGCCAUUACCUUGGCAUGGAUGUCCAUGACACGCCAGACAUGUCCCGCUCACUGCCCCUCCAGCCCGGCAUGGUGGUCACUAUCGAGCCAGGCAUCUAUGUUCCUGAAGAUGACUAUGGCGCCUCAGAGAGAUUCCGAGGUCUUGGCGUGCGCAUUGAAGACGAUGUGGUGGUGACUGAGGACUCGCCGCUUAUCCUGUCUGCAGAUUGCCCUAAAGAGAUGCACCACGUGGAGCAGAUCUGUGACCGGGGCUCGUGACCUGCGGGCCAGGCUCCUGGGCAGAGCUGGGUACCAGCGUCCACACACACACCUCGAGGGUCCUCCAUGGAUGGGUACAUGCAUAUAUUCUCGUGUAUAUGUUUGUGCAUGUCUAUGUAUAGGCACAUAUGGAUAGAUGUGUGUGUAUAGAGAGAGAGAGGUCGAUACUUCCUCAUUUGGGAGUUGGGGAGAAUCUUUAUGUGGAAGUUUUCCUUUAUCCUUGGGGAGCCUGAGGAGGGAAUUAUUCAGCUACAGGUGACCACAGCUCUGGAAAGAGGAGCUGUCUCCACGCCAGUAGUGACUUAGGCCAGCACAGAGUUUAAAGGCGAAGGGUGAGCAAGGUACCCGUCUCCCCUUGGCUUUUGUUAGUAAGUCUUUGAUUGGCCCAUCUCCUGCCCACCCCAUCAGGCCCCGCGUACCUGCUUCCAGGGACGCUUCCCUAUAAGGUGGCAUCGACCUGGCCACCAGGCAUUCGGCUCAGCUUCUCCUUCCUCUCUCCUCUUCCUCUUUCCCAAGGGUGUUCAGCAGAGGGAAUGGGGCCUGACAACUCUUGUUGCCCAGAACCCCCAGAUGCCCCUUUGUUUCCAUGACUUUGGUUGACUCUGGCUGCUAAGGCUGCAGCCUCGGUGCAUGUGAAGGCUCAGAGGCCAUUCUAUCUGCCCUUGUGGCUUAGAGGGCAGAAUAGGCCCCGGAAAAGCCGGACCCUCCCUCGCCUUCUCGCAGCUUCCUGCAGCGAAUCCUGCCCUAAUGGUUGCCAUUCCUUGGUCAGGUUGCCCCUCCUCUCUGUCUGACUAACAGUGAUGCGACCAGCCCAGCCCACCUUAGCCUCCUGCUGGAGGCUGAAACCUACACUGAGCAAGGCAGACUUGCUGUCUUUUCCACCGUUUGCUACAGGUGGUACCGAUGCUGGUAAAGCCUCUGAUGAGCCUUGUCUUUAGCAGUCCCUCCCAGCUCUGGCCUUGGUGCUGGGGCCUGCAGGGGAGGAAGCAUUAGCAAAGAGUUAAGAGUCAGUGCAAAAAUCAAAGCCCAGGCUUCACAAAGCACCAGUAAAAGGGCUGUGGGUUGUUUAAUAAACACGUCAGGGAAACAAGCUUGAGAAAUGACACCCUUCAUGGAGAGCUGGAAGUAUGCCUAUCUGAUAGGAAAACUGGAGAAAGAUACAGAGGAAGCCAAGGGCGGGCAGACAGGCGCUCCAUCAGGAGGCAAGGAUAAUGUUACAAAGCCAAAGUGUUACAAAUUAUAUCCGGGCCCCCCUCCCCCCCCCCCCACACACACAAAUGGGGCCCACGGCGGCUGGACGGCUGGAGCAGGUGUCUAUGAGGCGGCUCAGUGUCCAAGAGCCAAGAUGUCCCUUUACGGCCCUGACACCCCCACACACACACAAACACACACACUCCCUCACCCAGGCCCCAACUCUGGCCUACCUACCAUUCCCCACUUUAAAUGGAGAACUUGAGACAAGCAAGGCAGAAGAGCUUUUUGACUCGGGGUCCUCCAAUAAAAGCUUGCCUUUUCUUUCUCCGUGCCAUUCCUUGUGAAAGAACCCACAGUAACAAGGCUUAGACUUUCUAGCUAAGAAAACAGCCAGUCUUGGGCAGAAUGCUCACGUGCAUUUGAUACUUAUCUCCUCCUUCACCCAGAAAGAAACUUUCAAGUCACUGGGGACUUGGUUCUGGGCCUUAGAGCCCCGAGUGUGCCUUUUAGCAGAAUUGCAGUGGAUUGCUGCUCUGGUCUUUGGCCAGUCUCUUCUGGUGGGUCGGUCACUGUCCGAGUCCCAACAUCCCAAGCGGAUCCUCCUGGAUACUUGAACUGAACAACUGGUGCUCCCAAGCACAGUCACCUUGAAGCCAGUGUUGUAUGAGGUGUCUGGCUUUGCUAAAUUUGGGAAUUGGAGAGCAGAGAGUUGUUCUACCCAGGCUCUAUCCUAGGUGCAUCCCAUCAAGAUUCAUCCACCCACACUCCCGAGCCAAAACUUCAUUGGGCAGUGACAGCAAACAGACUUUCUGCUCUCUCUUUCCUCUCUGGGGGUUGGAGGAAACUUUGAGGAACAAUACAUUGACACAUUAAUAGUGAAGUCGUUAUUUCAAAGUCGCUAUUGCUAAUUGUAUUUAUGUUUAUAUCAAGAAAGAAUCGGUUUUUUUCCUCGGUUUCUGGGUAAAGAGAAGAGAAUGAAGCAGCCUCAUUGUUGAGGUGUCACUUUUGGGUGGGUGCCCUUUGCCACCAGUAUUGUCAUUUAUUCUAGAAAGUGCUGAAAGGAAAACCUCCCCUCUUAAUUGAUAGCAAGGGUCCUUUUGAGAUGUAUCACAAUCUAUCCUCAAAGCAACUUGGGGGUGGUGGCAGAAAGAAGAUCCAGCAGUAAUAAAGAGGAAAUAUAAUUUUGUUUUUGAGGAGAGGGGUUGGGGGGAGGGGAGCUUUUUGAUUUUGGGGCUUCAUUUUUGCCAUUUAGUUAAACAGUGUUAAAGUCAGACUGGAGCUGACAAUGGCUUUGUCUUGACGGUGCUGUCCCUUUAAGCUUGCUCGGGAACUGUGCUAGGCCCAUUCUUAACUGGAACAGCAGGAGAGUAAGGUCAGAUCACAACAUACCUCACGGAUCCCUUGGGGAAAGACUCUGUCUCUUGUCUCAUUCCAAGGCCUUUCCCAAGUUCACAGAACAGCUGGGUGUUCCUGACCGCCCUCUGCUUCCUGUACCCAUGGGGAAAUCGUAGCCAAUUCAUGGAGGGAAUAGCCAUGGUCUCUUCAUAGGGUAGCUGAUCUCAACCAGCAUCGACAGUUGUAUGAACUUUGUAUACACACUGUGAAUAUUGAAUCUGGACAAAAUGCUGUUACUUUGUCAAGACCCGCCCACCAAGGCAUCAGGUAUCAUUUCCCUAUAAGGGAAAAGAUAUGUCAGCAGUGUUUAAAAAAUAAACUGCAAUAUACUGUACAUUG